GUCGAUGAUGAGGCCCGCCAAUUCAUCCGGAAGGCUAUCAAGAGUGAGCGCCAUGUUCUUCUCAGGAAGUUCGAUGUGUGGAAAAUAAGACACGACGUGGAGGCAGACGCGCCACGAAACUCAGUCGCGUCUCCCGACUGCCGACCACCCACCCCACCAGCACGCGCUCACCAGCGAUCUCGCACCUCACUCUCCAAACACAAUGGACGCCGACAUAUCAGACAUCCUCGCCUCAGUCUCUGCCCCGUCCAUCGACCACCGAACUCUCGAUCUUCAGGCCCUAACGCGAGCAUGGAUAAACGAGCGAACAUCACCAGAUCUUCUUCCCUACCCCACCGAUCUCAUACAGCGAGCGAAUGAUGGCAUCAAGCGGCAGAUAGAAAUCAUAGAAGAUAUGACAGGGUCAAUGGAUCCCAGCAAGAACUUCACGUUGGUGAUAUUGCAGACAGAGCUGGAAAGAAUGAAGUUCCUCGUGAGGAGCUAUUUGCGGGCAAGGAUAGCAAAGGUCGAUAAGUUCCCCAUACAUUACCGACAACGACUACUGCAAGCCGAACCUGACGAUGAACCUCUGCUGUCAACAUUGGAGUCGCAAUACCUCGAAGCACAUCAGUCAUUACUCACUCAGCACUACCACGCCUCUUUCCUGUCAGUAUUUCCGCAAAACUUGCACAGGAUGGACGAUUCGAGUGGAGGUGUGCACAUGGUAGACAAGCCCGACGAGGAUGCGGCAGUCUUUUGCAGAGUGCUGAGAGACUGCUAUGUGGAGAGGCCUGUAUACGGCGGAAUAGAUAUGGUUCGAGGUGAUAUAUGGGUCCUGAGAUGGAGCAACAUUGCAGAGCGAGUGAAACGAGGGGAUGUUGAGCUCAUAUGAGGACUGUAUUUGUUGCCUGGAGCCAAGGACCCGAAAAUACCAAAUGAUACCCGGCACUUGUGCCAAGUUGAGAGCUUUUCAUGCAGCAAAUCUAUACUCAUAAGUCUUCUGAUUCGCACAGUGUCGUGUGGCGAUCAACGCCGCCCAGGCCUCU